GCAACCCCAUAAUAAUCAAUAUUUAAAAUGUUAAAAAAUGGACGCAGUGGACUUCCAGGUUUGCAUUAUUCGCCUCGUGUACAUUAUAAAUGAGACAAUCGAAAAACUAAAAAUUGCUAUUUGUCUGCCUAAGCUUCUCGACAAUCCGGGCAGGUUUCAGAUGCGUCAAUACUUAGAAACCGUUUGGAAUAACACCGCGUUCAAGGAUAAGACUCUUCGCGAUCAUGCGAAAUUGGCGGACCCGCAAGCGUUACGCUUGGUGGAAGAAAUGCAGAAGCUCAGAGCGAUAGCAGCUGAUAGGUUGCAGAAGACAGUCAGUGAGGAGAAGGUUCACCGUCAGUGCUUAACCAACGCGUGGCUCCAGAGUGCAAGGAUACGAGCGGACAUUAAAGAACUAAACGAUCGAGUGGAUGAACAGCGGGGAGCUUGGGAGAACCAGUUAGAUGAGAAAAACGGUAUUCUCUUCAGCUAUCAGAGGAUAGUGGAUCAACUCGGUGCACAACUGAGGAGGGGCGUAAUUGAAGCAACGCGAAAAACGGCGGAAGAAUUGCGCCAAAAACACGCAGCUAGCUCUGUUCGCCAGUCACAUUUAGCGAGCGAUGUAAGACUAGCCCUGGUCGAAUAUCAACGUUUGCUUUCCAAAGAUUUGCGACACGAAAAGGCGCUUCGCGCUAAAAGAGCGGAGGUUCAAAUGGACGUAGUAAAUUGGCUGGUCAGAUUCGAUGCGGACGUUAGGAGCGCGCAGGAGAGGCUGGAGGACCUCGCUGCUGGAUAUAAGGAGGAGAGCGAACGAUUGGAAGAGCUGCGGAUGCUCUUCGGCCAGCAGGAGGUGGAGUACAAUGGGGUUCUAGCUGAAAAGGAGGCGGAUCGGAUUCGAAGCGAAGAGGAGGUGGAGUUGUUCUUGCACAAUUACUCCGCCAAAAUUAUCCAACGCGGUUGGCGCGCCUAUCGCCGCCGAUUAAUCGAGUUUAAAAAGUCUAAGAAAGGAAAAGGCAAGGGAAAAGGUAAGCAGAAGAAGUCGCCAACUUAAUAGACCUUGAGGAAUAAUUAGUCCGGCCUUGGAUGACUCGACACGCA